AACACCACAAUAUUCAUUGGCUUACAAAAAGCUGUUGAUGGGACUACUGUUAUUUUUCGCUUCUCAGGGCGGAGCUGUGCCUACGUCCAUGUACUUCCCCAGGACCUCUGUAAGAACCUUUUUACUUCUAAAUGUCAUUGAGAAGAAAUAUCUGCUAGUCAGCAUCAUCAGCUCAUCACACGUGGAGCUGAGAUCAAAUGACAACCCAUCCAAUAAACUUUGGAAAAAAAGCUCAAGAAGCAACAUGUGCAACAUGGCAGGCAUGUAAGUCUACCGAUUCAAGUGCGUCAUUGACGUCUUGCACCUGGCCCAAACAACAGACAGUCUUUGUAAAGCCUACCAAGGUCUCACCUUGCCAUGUGACUGGUUUCCAGUGCGAGGUCAUUCAUUUUGGUUCCAAUAGACACUACAGAAAUAGAAAAAAGAAGAUCCAUGCUGGUCAGCUUGCGCAUACUCUACAACAACCCGUGUCAUCCAACUGAUGCUACAACACACCCUGUGCAGUCCAAAAAUGGCAGUGGAGCAAGCCAACGCAGUCGGCCAUGCUGAAAAAUAUUGAUUUAGUCGUCUCAUGAAACUCUGUACGUUUCCAGGGCAUGCUCUUCCUCGGCCCUCUGCCUGUCAUUUUCCAACGACAGCCCUUGUGUGGGAUCAUUU